AUUGUAUAUGAGCAGCCACCAGUAGCGAGUAUCCUACAUCCAUGGCUGUGUGAUACACACUGCAGUGGUUGUUUUAGUAAGAUGGGAUCUAUUAAUGGGAAGUUGAAGACCUGUUCAAGAUGUAAAGUAGCACGAUAUUGUUCUACACAAUGUCAAGCAAGUGACUGGAAGGCUGGUCAUAAACGUGAAUGUCCUCUUAUUACUCGUCUACUAGAUGCUGGUAUCACUCCACAACAACUUAGUG